AUGAUUGAAGACGGAAAAGAAAAUUUGGUGGCUCAUAAUCUGUCGGCUGAGGAAUGGCUAUCUCGUGCACAGAGGCUUGUUCCCAUGGCUCUGGAAAAAGCCAGGGAGGUUAAAGGGUUCCCUGGGAGAUGGAAGAUGAUAAUUUCGAAAUUGGAACAAAUCCCUACAAGAUUAUCGGAUUUGUCUAGCCAUCCUUGCUUCUCAAAGAAUGCACUCUGUAAGGAGCAAUUGCAGGCUGUUUCAAGGACAUUGAAUGAAGCAAUUGAUUUGGCAGAGUCUUGCGUAAAAGAGAAAUUUGAGGGAAAACUUAGAAUGCAAAGUGAUUUGGAUUCGCUAUCAGGGAAACUUGAUUUGAAUUUACGCGAUUGUGGGCUUCUGAUCAAAACUGGGGUGCUUGGAGAGGUUAGUUUGCCGUUGGCAGAACAGGAUGCUGCUGCAGAUCAUGGCAAUAUAAGAGAAUUGCUCGCACGACUUCAGAUUGGACACCUCGAGGCUAAGCAUAAAGCACUUGAUUCACUUGUAGAAGUUAUAAAAGACGAUGAGAAGAAUGUGCUGGCCGCCAUUUUAGGACGAAGCAAUAUUGCAGCAUUAGUCCAAUUGCUCACUGCUACUUCUCCUCGGAUCAGAGAAAAAACUGUCAAUGUUAUAUGUUGGCUUUCAGAAUCUGGAAGUUGUGAGAGUUGGCUUGUUUCUGAAGGUGUUCUUCCACCCCUUAUAAGGCUUGUCGAAUCUGGUAAUGCAGUGAGUCGAGAGAAGGCUACGAUUUCUCUCCAGAGAUUGUCUAUGUCAGCAGAAACCGCACGCUCAAUUGUUGGCCAUGGUGGAGUUAGGCCUCUGAUUGAGAUCUGUCGAACUGAUGAUUCUGUUUUGCAAGCUGCUGCAGCUUGUACCUUGAAGAAUAUAUCUGCUGUGCCUGAGGCCCGGCAAACCCUUUCUGAAGAAGGGAUUAUAAAGGUGAUGAUCAAUCUUCUUGAUUGUGGAGCCCUGUUGAGAUCUAAAGAAUAUGCAGCAGAUUGCUUGCAAAAUCUCACAUCAAGUAAUGACAAUCUUCGGAGAUGUGUUAUUUCAGAAGGCGGAAUAAAAAGCCUUCUGGCGUAUUUAGAUGGUCCAAUGCCUCAAGAAUCUGCAGUUGGGGCAUUGAGAAACUUGGUUGGAGUGAUAUCAGUUGAUGUUUUGGUUUCAUUAGGCCUUCUUCCAAGGCUGGUCCAUGUGCUUAAAUCAGGGUCUUUUGGUGCACAAAAAGCAGCAGCCUCGGCGAUUUGUCUAAUCUCCAGCUCGACUGAAAUGAAACGAUUAGUGGGUGAAUCUGGAAGCAUUCCUCUUCUCAUAAAGAUGCUGGAGGCUAAAUCUAAUAAUGCAAGGGAGGUUGCAGCACAAGCAAUUUCAAGUUUGAUGACCCUUUCCCAUAAUUAUAGAGAAGUUAGAAGAGAUGACAAAAGUGUUCUUAAUUUGGUAGUAUUGCUGGAUCCAAGUCCCCAGAACACAGCCAAAAAGUACGCAAUUUCCUGCCUAACCUUGCUUUCCUCGAGCAAAAAGUGUAAGAAGUUGAUGAUUUCGUAUGGGGCUAUCGGUUAUCUCAAGAAGCUUACUGAGAUGGACAUUCCUGGUGCCAAGAAGCUACUUGAGCGUUUAGAGAGAGGAAAACUGAAAAGCUUAUUCAGCAAGAAACAAAAGGCUCGGCACAAUCCCCGGUUAACUAAGAUAAAAUAUGAGUUCACUGGAUGUCGCCAGAACAGAGCUUGCUCUUGUGCCCAAAAUGUUGACAAAUCAACUAGUUUGGCUCGUAAGGUUUUCCGUUUGUUCAAGUUUGUCAAUGAUCUUCAUGCGCUUAUUAGUCCAACUGCUCCUGGAACUCCACUUCCACUGGUUUUGUUGGGAAAGUCUAAAAAUGCUCUGCUGUCCACUUUCUUGUUUCUGGAUCAAAUUGUGUGGCUUGGCAGGACAGGCAUAUAUAAGAACAAAGAACGUACCGAACUAAUUGGAAGGAUAUCUCUUUUCUGUUGGAUGGGUUCUUCAAUCUGUACCACCCUGGUUGAGAUUGGGGAAAUUGGAAGGCUCUCAGCAUCAAUGAAGAAGUUAGAGAAGGAACUUAAGAAUACUAAUAAAUAUAAGAAUGAGCAAUAUCGCAGUAAGCUGCAAAAAUCAAACGAGAGAUCUUUAGCCCUGGUUAAAUCCGCCAUAGAUAUAGUGGUUGCAGUUGGCUUGCUUCAACUGGCACCCAAGAAAGUCAGUCCGCGUGUAACAGGUGCUUUCGGAGUUGCUAGCUCUGUCAUCUCUUGCUACCAGUUGCUUCCAUCACGACAGAAGGCAAAGGCACCAUGA